AUGACUGAUGGUAUGCUUCUACGUGAAUGCCUAGUUGACCCUGAUCUCAUGUCAUACUCUCUCAUAAUGUUGGACGAGGCUCACGAAAGGACUAUCAAUACCGACGCAGCUGCAAAAAAACGACCUGAUCUCAAACUUAUUAUAACAAGUGCGACUCUUGAUGCAGUUAAGUUUUCGGAAUAUUUCUUGGAAGCUCCUAUUUUCACAAUCCCUGGUCGAACUUUCCCCGUCGAAAUACUGUAUACGAGAGAGCCGGAAACUGAUUAUUUGGAUGCUGCACACAUAACAGUUAUGCAAAUCCAUUUAACGGAACCUCCCGGAGACAUUCUUGUCUUCCUCACAGGACAGGUGAUCUUCAACUAUUUUUGUGCAGAAACCGAUGUUGUUUAUAGUUUCGAAAAAUCUCGUUGA